AAUGAUAACCAUCCAGCCUUCGUUCAUUACUUCUCCCUCCACAUUAUUCCAUCGAAGAAGCAUCAAAAGCCAACGCCGCAACAAGCCAAUGUUUUCUCGAUGCUGCCUCGUGGAAAAACAUGCUCAGAAGCUCGAGGAAGCACAACGUUCGUUCAUGGUCGCGACGAGGAAAGAAAGAAUGCUUACAUGUCCCGUCGAAACCCUAGUAAUGAUCGACGCGGUUCAACGACUGGGCAUCGACUACCACUUCCAGGAAAACAUCGACGCUGUUCUUAGUGAUGAAUUCAGUAUUGCUGCUAAGAUGGCGGCCGGCGGGAGCUCCCAUGGGCUUUUCGAAGUUUCCUUAAACUUUCGACUCAUGAGGCAACAAGGUUAUCGCAUUCCUUCGGAUGUGUUCGGAAAAUUCAAGAAUGGAGAAGGGAAGUUCAACCCUAAUCUUGGGCAAGGCGUGGAAGCAAUGAUGGAGCUUUACGAAGCUUCACAGUGGAUUACUCCUGGAGAAAGCACACUGCGUGAAGCUAGGGAUUUCAGCUCACACUGGCUACGUUCAUGGAUCGCCACCAGGUCACCAUCGCGGAAUCUCUCCGUCGGCAAUGGUUUUCUCCUAGAAGAAUUAGCGACGACGACUGAAACCGUCGCCAAUACUCUGAAACAUCCCUGCCGCAGGAGCAUACCCAGGCUGGCGAUUAAGGAUUACUUGAGCAGCUUCGCGGCAAGAACGCCAUCAAAUGAUAAGCUGAAGCAUCAGUACGUACUGGAGACUCUCAAGGAUCUGGCCAAGUUAGAUUUCAACAUGAAUCAGGCGACUCGUCAACAAGAACUCUUGCAGAUCUCCAAGUGGUGGAAUGAGAUAGGAUUGGCAGUGAAUCAUGGGAGAGAUCACCUGCAGGUCGAAGCUUAUCUGUGGCCAAUGUCAACCCUAGCAGGCCCUGGAUUCUCAGAAUAUAGGAUCGAUCUUGCCAAAAUCACAUCGUUCGUGUACCUAAUCGAUGACAUUUUCGACAUUCAUGGGUCGUCGUUGGAUGAACUCACACUCUUCACACACGUUGUUACUAGGUGGGACAUCAAAAUGGCAGAGGAAUUGCCUGAUUACAUGAGGAAAUGCUUUAUGGCUCUCUAUCACAUGAUUAAUCAAAUUGGCUACGACGUGCACAAAAAACAUGGAUACAACUCGAUCCACUCGCUCCAACGAGGCUGGGCAAAAUUGGUCGAGGCAUUCUUAGUGGAAGCCAAAUGGAUGAGAAAUGGGACGUGUCCGACGUCGGAAAAUUACCUGAAGAACGGAAUAGCUAGCUCCGGCGUUCAACUAGUCCUCCUUCACUUCUUCUUCCUGUUGGGCCAGGGCAUAACGAAACAAAACGUGAGCCUCGUGGAUGGCGACGAUCCGCCAUUAAUAUCGUCGGUCGCUAAAAUUCUGAGGCUGUCCGACGACCUUUCUUCCACGUACGAUGAACACGUGGGUUACGACGCGUCGUACGUGGAUUGCUACAUGAAGGAGAAUCCUGGGUUGUCGGUCCGUGAAGCUAGUGAGCACGUGAUGGAUAUGAUCGAAGAGACAUGGGAGCAACUGAAUCAUGAAUCUUUAGCGACGAAAUUUCCGGUCGUCUUUGCAAGGGCCGUCGUCGAUUCUGCGAGAAUGGUUCCUUUUGUGUAUGGAAAUGAUGGGUCGUUCGAUGAUGACAAUGAGAAGGCCACCAGCAGCUUUCCAAGUCUUCAGGAUCGCAUCAAGUCGCUGCUCUUUGAAAGCAUUCCCAUUUAGUUUUUACCGUUUUC